AUGAAUAAGACUUUCCGAAGCGAUGAAGCAGCAUAUGAAUUUUACAGGAGGUUUGGCAAAUGUUUUGGUUUUGGUAUUCGAAAGGGUGACUCAGGAAAAGAUGAAAGUGGAAGGGUUAUUCGUCGUAGAUUUUUUUGUAAUAGAGCUGGCCUGCGACAACGUCAUCACUAUGAUAGACUAGAUAGGCAGAGAGGACAUAGAUCGGAAACGUGCACAAAUUGUGAGGCAAAGCUGUCAGUCUACCUUGAUGUGGUCAGUGGUAUAUGGAGGGUGAGAAAAAUAGUAUUGGACCAUAACCAUGAUUUAACUCUGGCAUAUAUGGUUCAUAUGAUGACGAAUUUUAGAGAAAUAAGUUGUUCUGCCAAGGCACAAAUAUCUGGUAUGCAGUUUCAUGGUGUUCCGACGUCCAAGAUUCUGGGGUAUAUGGCUGGACAGGCUGGUGGCUAUUCUCUAAUGGGCUUCACUAAGAAGGAUGCUUACAAUUAUAUUAACAAGGCUAAGCGUGCAAAGAUUAUUGAUGGGGACGCCAACGCGGCUGUUGUAUACUUGGAGGGAAAAGCAGGGGCAGAUCCGAUGUCGAUGGCUAGGCAUAAUCUUACUAAGGAUAAUAUGCUGGCCAAUAUGUUUUGGGCGGAUGGUGGUAGUAGAGUUGAUUACCAAUACUUUGGGGAUGUUCUAGCCUUUGAUUCGACCUACAAAAAGAAUAAAUAUCAGAGGCCGCUGGUGAUAUUUUCUGGUGUGAAUAACCAUAAGCAGACGACAAUAUUUGGGUUUGGGUUGGUGUUAGAUGAAAACGUUGGGUCUUAUAAGUGGUUGCUGGAAAAUUUGUUGGAAGUCAUGUGUAACAAGAAGCCGUCAGUUGUCGUCACGGAUGGCUGUGGUUCAAUGAAAGCUGCAAUCAAGUCUGUUUUUCCGGAGGCAACGCAUCGAUUGUGUGCUUGGCAUAUGGAGAAGAACGUAACUACUAAUGUGAAGGAAGAGGGACUGCGGCAAUGUUUCACCUGGUGGCUGUACUCGGAGCUGGAAAUAGAUGAAUUUGAGGCUGAGUGGGAUGAUGCAGUUGAAAAGUAUGGGUUGCAAAACAGUUUUUGGGCCAAAGAAACUUUUCAGAAAAGGAUGAUGUGGGCUAAUGCGUAUCAACAAGACAAGUUCUGUGCAGGCUUUCGGACAACAUCCUGGUACGAAGGCAUUAAUGCGUAUGUGAAGAAUUUCCUUAAGUCUAGGCACAGUCUCGUUGAUAUGGUUCAAAAUUUGGAGUUGGUUGUGCGAGUGUACCACAAUAACGAAUUGCUUGCACAAUUUAGAUCACUCCAUGGGAUGCCAGUUAUGACAACUUGUUUAGAUCCUCUUGAAAAGUAUGCUGCAGAUGCAUACACACGGGAGAUAUUCGUUGAUGCGAAAAAGGAAAUAGUGGGUGUCGGUGCAGUUAAUUUUGUAGCCAAGAUUAGACGUUCAACUACAAUGGUGCACACAUUGGAGGAAUACAGGGAACCAGGUAGAGAGGUGAUUGUGUUGUACGAUAGGGUUUCAAGGAAAAUGGAGUGCCGAUGCAAUUUUUGGAGCCAAAAGGGAAUUCCUUGUCGUCACAUGUUUUUUGUAAUGAAGCAUGAGCAUUUGACUCGAAUUCCUAAAAGGCUGGUUCUGUAG